UGGUUAAUAUGAUAUUAAUUGUACAGCCUCGCCCGCAAGCGACCUCGGCUUAAGCAGGCGAAAUCAGAAAUUCUACAUUGUAAGCUUAAACCCCGCAAUGGAUUGAUAUGAUAAUAAAUGUAGAGCCUCGCCCGCAAGCGACCUCGGCAUAGGCGAGCAAAGUCGUAGAUUCUCCACUCUAAUUAAAGCCUUCUUACCACCGAAGCGUUGCAAUGUUUUGUUCAGUUCGGGGUUGAUAAGGAAUUAAUUGUACAGCCUCGACUUAGGCUGACACCAACAUUAUUUCAUAAUGUUUACAAAUAAACGAUAAGAGGUGAUCAAGAAGUUCAAAAUUUAUUUGCGCUCCUAGAAAAAAUAACAGAUAUAAAAGGUACCCAAAUACCGCGUAUAAAACAACUCUCAGAAUCGACGUUAUCGCAAACAGUGGAAGUGUUAAAUAAUUCUUUGGAUAUUUGUGAUAAAAUCAACGCUUUAGAAGAAAAAUAUAAAAACGAUAUUGCUUUAGAGUUGUGCCGUGAAAAUCGAAAUACGGAAUGGGAAAAAUUUGUCGAUGAUAUCUCGUUUACGUGUAAAAGAUUGGAUAAUACUUUUGAAGAGAAAGAAGAGGAGCUACAAGAAUUUUAUCGCGACUUAGAAAAAAAGCUUUACAUAAGAAAUUCAGUAUAAAAUGUCGACUGGUAGGAUACAAAGUCCAGCGUUGGCGGUGAAGGUAUCCAAAAAAGUUUGGGAAUUUAUAAAUUCGGUUGAGGAUUUUGAUAAGGCACCUAAUGGUAUAAAAAUUUUAAAAAGGAAAGUGGUUAAUGGUGAAAUUAAAGAACUUCAAUAUUUAAUGUCUGAAAAGGAUUAUAAAAGUUUAAACAAAACAACCGAAAACGGUAUUAAAAAAGAUUUACGCAAAGGAACCAUUGUUAAAAACGACGGAAAAUUGUUAAAUAUGGAGGAUAUACAUUGGUUAUACGAAAAAAUUCAAGAACAUAAUAAAAAGCACGAUAAUAAAAUUUAUUUACAUGAAUUAUUAGAAACAUCUCAAAUUGUUCUUCCUAGAAACAACAUCAUUCCUAGAAAUCCCGAUUUGGAGAAGCGGUGCAACACGUUAAAAAUCCAACAAGAAAAUAUGCGUUAUAAAUCCAUGACGAAGAACGUGGACAGCGUCAGAAAGUGUCAUCCCGACGAUUCCAUUGCGUUCCAAGUCAAACAACUCAAUCGACAGUUGAUCGCCGUCACCCAAUUUAUAUUUUCAGUAUUAGCAGGCUUCGCUUUUGGAUUUAUCGGUCUCGAGUAUAUGCUGGGAAAUUUAGACUUCGGUUUUCGACUUUUACUCGGUAUUAUUUGCGCUCUAGUCAUCGCAUUGGCCGAAUUAUACUUCUUAGCAAAAAAGCUCAAUGAAGAAACUUAUUUAGAAGUGAAAAGUCACGAAAUGAGUAAACAUUCUAAAAUUGAUUAAUUACUUUUUUAUUAAUUUGUAUAUAUAUUAUCUUUAUUUUUUGUUAUUAAUUGGGGUUAUA